CGCUGACUUUCAUCACUUCUCUGAGAUCAUGAUACCUCUCAAGAUAUCCUUGGUUUGCCUGCUUUGGUUGUAUCGUAUAUCUUCUGAGGAUACUGUUUGGCAGCGUUCAAGGCCAAGCAUCACUCAUCUGCAGGCUCUGAGUGACAGGCAAAGUCUCUUGGUUAGCUGGCAGCUAAACCACAGCAGCUUACUGGGUGAUGUUUAUGAGAUCCAGAUUGGCCGUACUUUAAACCACACCAUUAUUUAUAAUAGAAAUAUUAGUGUACCGUCCAUAGAUUCACAUGAAUACACAUGGACCUCGGAGCUGCCUCUUGAGUGUGUUGAUCAUUCAGUCAGGAUACGAAGUUUCUACAAUAAGUCUGUCCCAAGUCCCUGGAGCAGCUGGAAAACAAAUGAUGGAGCCCAGGCAAUGGAUAAGACCAAGAUUUUUCCCUUCCAGCGGGUGCUGAGAGAGGGCACCAGCGCCAUGUUCUGCUGUGUUCCCCCUCUAGGAGUGAAUAUUACCAGCAUAUCCAUCAAUAACAGCCCACAACCUCUUAUCAGCAUUAGUGAUAGAGUCAAGGCUAUCACUGUAGAAAAACUAAACAUCAUCAAAUCAUUCAUUGACGCUCUGUCGAUCAUAUGCAGCGAUGACGCAGGAAACAACACGCACAUCUUUAACUAUUGAGCUGUAACUCCUCCCCAGAAGCCCGAAAAUCUCAGCUGUGUGACAUCAGACAUGAAAACUGUCACUUGCACCUGGGAUUCAGACAGAAAACAAGAGCUGGACAAUCACAACAAGAAAACACACACACUGCACAUACAGAACUCAGACCAGCCUCCCAUCCUCUGUGAACAGUUGUCUUGUACUUUUCCGGCCAUCCCCCAGCUGGAAGAAUACAACAUCAGUGUGGAGGUAAAGGACCUGCUGGGAAAGGAGACAGAGAGCUACAGCUUCAACAUCUCUGACAGAGUGUUUCCUGUUGUGGAGCGGUGUAGCGUAAGCCCCGGGGUUACAGACACCACUGUGUCCUGGUUCAUGCUGUGGAACUUAACACAAGUGAGCCUCCUGUGUCAGGUCAACACAGUCCCAGGCGUCACAACAGUGAUGACAUGCAACAGUGUGAGGGAGUUCUGCAAAGUCAAACUGGAACAUCUGCAACCCAGCACCCGCUACACCACAAGGGUACGCUGUUCUGCUGAUGGCAGACUCUGGGGAAAAUGGACUCAGCCUGUGACCUUCAAAACCUAUCCCUUGGUGACCUUGGAUGUGUGGAGGAGAAUAACACAGCUGCCAGAUCAAAACAGUCGUCAAGUUACUCUCAUGUGGACUCCACCUGUUACUGGCUCAGCAGCAACAGUAAACAUCAAAGGCUACAAGGUUCAGUGGUCUCAGGGAGGCAGAAACCAGACAGAGCUGAAGAGCAGUGGACAGACUCAGGCAGAGGUGUCCAUAGGUCCAGGACAGUGUGACUUCACUGUCCAGGCUGUGGUCUCCAUUGGCUCCACCGUCCCUGCUCAAAUCACAGUCCCACAGCAGGAUGACCAAGAUAAAAAUGCAUCAGAAAAGUGGUUGAGCAGCAACUCAGCUGCUGGUUUCAAUCUGUCCUGGGCACAGGAUGAAACCGCCACAUGUGGAUACACUGUGGAUUGGUGCAUUCUGGGAAAUGUAGUGCCAUGUACUCUGCGAUGGGUGAAAAUGUCUGAGGGAAACAACACAUUAUUCCUACCUGGGAGACAUUUCAAAGCAGGCUGCAGGUAUACGUUUAGUAUCUUUGGAUGCAAGGAAAAUGGACACCGACUACUAGAGAUGCAGACUGGAUAUUUACAAGAGCUAAAAUCCGUACCAUCUCCGAGUCUGAUCAGACUGGUUCGGAGUACUUCCUCAUCUGUGAUGCUGGAGUGGAGUUAUAGUGAAGAUGACGCAUCUCAUCCAGCGUUCAUCACUGGUUACCUUAUCACAGUGCAGGAACUAGGAUCCGUCACGCUGUCAGGUGAUGUUUCAGAUCUGUUGAACGUGUUGGUGUCAGACCCUCAUAGGAAGUCUGUGACCAUCGAGGGUCUGCAGCAGAAUCAAGAAUACACUUUCUCUGUGAGUGCUCUCACUAAGGAGGGACCUGGACAAGCUGCAAGCAUCACCAUCAGGACCAAAACUAACUACUCUUCUCUUAUGGUUAAGAUUCUGACUCCUUUCUUUUUACUGCUGGGCUGCAUCGUCCUCCUGUGGCCUCAGAGAAAAACGCUGCAGAGAGGGCUGAUGGGGAUCAUCUUUUAUCCUGCUGGCAUGAACAUAAAAACUCCUGAGCUGGACAGAUGCCUGCAGGAGACUGGUGAGUGGCUGCAGUCUCAGAAACCAGAGGAGUGCAGAAGCUGCGAAAUCGAGAUCCUGACAAACAGACCUCUUCUGAAUUACUUAACACUGAGAGAUCCUGAAGCCCUGAACACACCGCCCCCUCCUGGUCCACAAUCCUCUCUUUUAACCCGGCCGCUCUCCUGUGAUCUGCUCCAAGCAGAAUACUGUCCACAACUGUGGGGCAGAGCACCUCUUCAACAGACUACAUACAUCACUAACGAGUCUUAUUUUCCCACCACCGAGUUGGAUCUGUGUCAAACACAACAAGUAACGCUCUCUGAUGUCAAAUGAAGCAUUCAACUUUCUGAGAGUCCAUAGGAAUCAUGCAAUGUUAUGUUUGUACUGUACACAGCCCUGAACUUGUACGUCAUGUUUGUCUACAUUUCAAUAGUGCAAAUAUUAUAAAUGGAUACUUAGUUCUUUAGUCAUACUGACAUUCUUAAGCUUUUCUAUUUAAAUGUGAAAUAUGUGAACUUACUUAUUCAUAGUUGGUAAAUAGUCUGCUUGCGAACUGUAUCUUAACAUGCCUAAAAGUGUCUAAAGGUAUUUAAACUAUUCAGGAUUUUUCCAUUCAGCUUGUGAGGUGCUUAUACAACUGAAAGUGUGAAAGUGUGUAACCUGUGAAGCAACGUACAAGAUUCAUGUCCUGAUUCAGCUUUUCUUCAAGGUAUACGUUCUGUAUUUGUACACAUCUGUAUUUUAUUAUCAGGGUGUAAAAGCUGGUAUUUGUAGUAUAAUUUACAUAAUUAAAAAUGGUUGUGAUAGUUAAAAA